GUUGUUAGUUCUUUUGAAUGUUUUGAUAAGUCAUAAUGCACCUUAAAUGAUCAUCCAGAUUUUGUUUAGUGCUUCGAAAGCAUCUUGAAAGGUAACCUUAAAGGUUCAAUUUUUUAAAGGAUUGACUGAGUUCAUAUCCUUUUAUUUUUUUUAAUUCUUUGGCGAAAACUGGUAAUCCAAUGCACAAUGGAUUAGCAAUGGAUUUGAACCAAAUCCAGUUAGCUUUACGCUGUUGUGGGCAGCUUCAAGCUAUCAAACAUGCUAAAUCACUUCAUUCCCAUAUAAUAAAACUUGGUCUUUUCAAUCACGUUUUUCUCCUAAACAACAUGAUUUCUGUGUACGCAAAAUCCUCCCAUUUUGACGAUGCACGAACCCUUUUCGACGAUAUGCCUCACAGGAACAUAAUUUCUUACACAACAAUGGUCUCUGCACUCACCAAUUCCGGGAGACCCCAAGAUGCUCUCACACUCUAUAACCACAUGCUGGAAUCUAAAACAGUGCAACCCAAUCAGUUCUUGUACUCAGCGGUUCUCAAGGCAUGUGGAGUCGCCGGUGAUGUUGAAUCGGGCAAGUUGGUUCACCGACGUGUAUAUCGGGCAAGGUUAGAGUGUGACACUGUUCUGAUGAAUGCCCUCUUGGACAUGUACGUCAAAUGUAGAAGCUUGGCUGAUGCAAAACGAGUUUUCUACGACAUGCCGUGUAAAAAUUCUACUUCAUGGAACACCCUCAUUCUCGGGCAUGCCAAGCAGGGUUCUGUGAAGGAUGCGUUGGAUCUGUUUGAUCAAAUGCCAGAACCAGACAUUGUGUCUUGGAACAGCAUCAUUGCUGGUCUUGCAGAUACUUAUAGCUUCCAUGCAUUACAAUUUGUUUCUAUGAUGCACAUGAAGGGCCUUAAACUUGAUGCAUUCACAUUUCCAUGUGCCCUCAAAGCGUGUACUCUGCUUGGCAAGUUAACUGUGGGGAGACAGAUUCAUUGUUGUAUUAUCAAGUCAGGGUUUGAGUGUAGCUAUUACUGUACAUCAGCAUUGAUUGAUAUGUAUUCGAAUUGCAAGCUAUUGGAUGAAGCAAUGAAUAUAUUUCAUAAGAACUCUCCUCUUGCUGAAAGCUUGGCAGUGUGGAAUUCCAUGCUUUCAGGGUUUGUUGCCAAUGGAGAUUGGUGGAAGGCUCUCAGUAUGAUUGCUCAUAUGCAUCAUUCUGGUGCACAGUUUGAUCCCUAUACCUUUAGUGUUGCUUUAAAGGUCUGCAUCCACUUUGAAAACUUGAGGUUGACAUCUCAAGUGCAUGGAUUGGUCAUCACUAGUGGCUAUGAGUUAGACUAUGUUAUUGGAAGCAUUUUUAUUGAUCUAUAUGUAAAACAAGGCAAUAUUAACAAUGCAUUAAGAUUGUUUGAAAGGUUGCCAGAUAAAGAUGUUGUGGCUUGGUCUAGUUUGAUUCUUGGUUGUGCUAGAUUUGGUCUAGAUACAAUGGCUCUUUCCCUCUUCAUGGAUAUGGUUCAUUUGGAUCUUGAGAUUGAUCAUUUUGUCCUUUCAAUUAUUCUGAAAGUUUCUUCAAGUUUGGCAUUGCUUCCAAGUGGCAAGCAAGUUCAUUCUUUUUGUCUUAAGAAGGGAUAUGAAUCAGAGCGAGUUAUUACAACUGCUCUUACUGAUAUGUAUGCAAAAUGUGGUGAGAUUGAGGAUGCCUUAACUUUAUUUAAUUGUCUUUCCGAAGUAGAUACCUUGAGUUGGACUGGGAUUAUUGUGGGAUGUGCACAAAAUGGAAGAGCAGACAAGGCAAUUAGUCUUCUGCAUAAGAUGAUUGAAUCGGGUACAAAGCCAAACGAAAUCACCAUUAUAGGUGUUCUUUCUGCAUGUAGACAUGCAGGCCUAGUAGAAGAGGCAUGGACUAUAUUUAAGUCUAUUGAAACAAAGCAUGGAUUGACACCAUGCCCUGAACAUUACAAUUGUAUGGUUGAUAUAUUAGCUCAAGCUGGACGUUUUAAAGAAGCAAUAAACUUGAUUAAUGACAUGCCGUUUAAGCCUGACAAAACCAUAUGGUGUUCCUUGCUUGGUGCCUGUGGAACUUACAAGAAUCGACAUCUUGCAAAAAUUGUUGCUGAGCAUCUUCUUGCUACCUCACCUGAAGAUGCUUCUGUGUAUAUAAUGCUAUCAAAUGUUUAUGCAUCACUUGGAAUGUGGGAUAAUUUAAGCAGAGUACGAGAAGCUGUCCGAAAAGUAGGUAUAAAAGGGGCUGGAAAAAGCUGGAUUGAGAUCUUUAGUUGAGAAAGCUGGUUAUGUGAAUGGCUUGGUUCAACUAGCUUAAUCGCUCGUUCUAUAUUUCCAGACAACUCAAUGAUUGUUCUAACUUAAAAGGAAUAUUAUGUGACUGGAGUUUGUACGGUGAAAGACAUUCUUUACGUUUUGUUGACUUCAAUUAGAAGGUAAAAGCACGGAAGUGUCUAAUUUUGGAUGGAAGAUACUAGAAAUACUACAACGAAGAAUACAAAUUAAGUAUAACGUGCGCAGCAGUUCAAUCCGAUAAGCCUUUGCAUGCUUGCUAUUGCCAUGAGGCUUCACACAUUCAAUGUUUUCCUUCCCCAACAAAGGUACAAACUAAAAAGGAACUCAAAUUUGGUUAAAAUCAGAGGUAUCAGAGUCAUCCAUGACACUUGAAUUAAGUCAUCAGGAUUCAGGUCUAAGCUCAUCUUUUAGCACGGUUUACCAGCUUGACAUGUUCAGCUUACGGUAACAUUGGCCAAUAUUAAUUAUUAUUGAGUGUUGAAUUUUAGGGAAUGGAUUGCUAAUUCAUUAUUAGUUAGUUAUCUAAAAGUCAAUUUAAUUUAUAAACCAACGCCUCUUUUAUAGU